UUCGCUAGAGGUCGCAUUGGAUGUUUAGAAAAGUAAGAGCAUGGAGUUUUGUUUGAAAUCGACAUUAGGCUUUCGAUUCCUUUUAUUUAGAAGACUUGUGAAUCAAACGUGGAAAGAACGAUUUAAAGCAAAUUUAUGCAGUACUGUCCAAAGUUCUGAAGGUGCAAAGGAAGAACAGAAUAUCAAUAUUGAACAAUUAUUUUUGGAUCAAAGAGUUCAAAGUAUCUUGGAGAAAGUAACCGGUUUAGAUAUGGCAAAGAUUUUUCGCCCUCAUAAAUGUCCUUUAUCGACACCAAGAUAUCAGUUUUUAACAGACAAACAACUACAAGAUUUAAUGGAUGAUGCGAAAAAAAGAGCUAAAGAAAAACUUCAAAUGCCACCAGUCAUGAAAGAGAGAGAGCCUAUUACAACUGUCAUUUCAUAUGAUCCUGAAAUUCAAGGCUAUACUGACUGUAAAUAUGUUUUUACUGAUAUCACUUACGGAAUAUCAGAUAGGCUUUUAUGCCAUAUUUCUAUUCAGAAAAGAAUCAUAGUUACAAGACAUCCAGAUGGAAAACUUUGCCAUUCUUCAUGGGAAGAGAGACAUUGGAUGAAUCAGAUUUAUUUUCCUGUACCUGAGCGUACUUUAGAAAUGCCAAAAAUGUUUGAAGAGGAACAUUUACAGAAAGUUCUGGACAGACAAGAAUAUGAAUUUGUUUUGGAUCGUGCCUGUCUUCAAUGUGAUCCAGAUGAUCCUAUUUAUAUAAGGGUAACUCAAACAACAUACAGGCAUAUUGACGAGAUGAAAAAGUACGACGAUCUAAGGUCCACCCGACACUUUGGUCCCAUGGUGUUUUAUUUUGCUAUGAAUAAACAAAUUGAUAAUCUUUUACUAUUUUUAAUACAGAAAAAUAGAUUAGAAGAUGCAGUCGAAAUAAUUAAGCUUUAUUACAUUAUCCAUCCUCGCUUGGAAAAAUUCCCUGAAGAUGAUUAUAUAAAUUAUAUACAGAAUUAUAUUGAAUUUGAUGCUAAGAAGAAGAAUAACCUUCAAUUAGCAUUGCAAACAUAUGUUGAAUUAUAUCACCACGUCUUAAAAGAUAAAAAUGCCAUGUAAAUUAAAUAAAUUUAUUAUUAAAAUAAAAAUACUUUGAA